AGCGGGGGCGGCUCUCGCCGGGUACGCGGGGUACCAGCUGUACGAGCGCCGGCGGGAGCCUUCCCGGGAGCCGGCAGGGGCCCGGGCGCUGCUCUCUAUCCCCGUGGCGGCCGCUGCCAAGGAGACGGUUACAGAAAGCAGAUCAGACCUUGAAGAUUUGCACCUUUACGCAACUCCUCGCGAGCAACGGUUUCGUAUGUUUGCCAGUUUAGAAUUUGAAGGACAGCUAUAUAUGACUCCACGUGACUUCAUUCAGGCUGUUACAAGUGAUGAACCCAAAUGUGCUAAAAAGUGGCGAUCCCUUUCAAAGCAGGAACUGAAUCAGAUCCUUAUGGAGACACCACCAGUUUGGAAAGGAUCAUCCAAACUUUUCCGUAACCUUAAUGAGAAAGGUGUGAUAUCUUACACAGAAUAUUUAUUCCUCUUAUGUAUUUUAACAAAGCCACAUGCAGGUUUUAGAAUUGCUUUCAACAUGUUUGAUACGGAUGGCAAUGAGAUGGUGGACAAAAAGGAAUUCUUAGUGCUCCAAGAGAUCUUCAGGAAAAAAAAUGAGAAGAGAGAAAAACGAGGAGAUGAAGAAAAACGUGCAAUGCUGCGUCUUCAACUUUAUGGAUAUCAUACUUCUACUAACAGUGUUCUUAAAACAGAAGGAGAGGACCUUGUCCCCAGAAGCUAUUGGGAUACUUUGAGACGUAGCACAAGCCAAGCACUCUUUUCGGACCUUGCAGAGCGUGCUGAUGAUAUUUCAAGUUCACUGUCAGAUACUACACUGCUUGUACACUUUUUCGGCAAAAAAGGAAAAGCUGAACUGAACUUUGAAGAUUUUUAUAGAUUUAUGGAUAACCUACAAACUGAGGUUCUAGAGAUAGAGUUCCUUUCCUACUCUAAUGGGAUGAACACAAUCAGUGAGGAAGACUUUGCCCAUAUUCUUUUGAGGUAUACAAAUGUGGAAAAUACAUCAAGUUACUUGGAAAACAUGCGCUGCAGUAUUCCUGAAGAAAAGGGUAUCACCUUUGAUGAAUUUAGAUCAUUUUUCCAGUUCUUGAACAAUCUAGAAGACUUUACAAUUGCAAUGCAAAUGUAUAAUUUUGCAAGUCGUUCCAUAGGUCAAGAUGAAUUCAAACGUGCAGUGUAUGUAGCCACAGGUGUGAAGCUUUCACCACAUUUGGUGAACACAGUGUUCAAGAUUUUUGAUGUCGACAGAGAUGAUCAGCUGAGUUAUAAAGAAUUUAUCGGGAUUAUGAAAGACAGACUCAAUCGAGGGUUUAGGGAGACUCCAAAGUAUGGUUGGAAGGAAUAUUACUCUUGUGUGAUGACUGUAACCGGUGAACAUCUCAGAGAUCUGUGGAAGCAAUUUCGGAGACAAGAUAUGCUGAGAUAAAGGAAGGAAGAAGAAUUAUCUGCACUGGCUAGAAAUAUUUAUUCCUAUGAAUUCCUAAUGAAGAACAAACUAACCCAGGUGAAUUGUGACUCUUCCAGCUGCAGUAGAAAAUACAGGACUUCUUUUCCACUUAGUGUAGUGAUCACCAACUCUUAAAACUGCUUUUCAGUAUGUAUUUUAUUUAAAUAUUGAACUAACUAUUACCUGAGUGGCAGAAGUCUUUUUUUAAGAACAUCUUUUGAAUAUUUUUUUUUAUUAUUUUGAGAUAAGUUUGUCAUUAAAAAAAAAGUUUUAUGCCUGGGUAGGAAAAUGUUUUGGCAAUGAAGAGAAACUCCCUGCAUCAGCUUAGACUGUGAAUUUGCUUUCAGAAGAGCACUAUUGAAAGUUUGUGCUAAACUGAAAAUGAGAAUGCAUUAAGUAGCAUAACAAUUAUGUAUGAGUUGAAUGGACAAAUUAAACUCUUAGAAGCCGUAAUUUUAAAAAGAGUAAAGCUGUUAUGGUUAUAAUGUGAAUGAUAGGUAUUUACCUAGGAAAAGUACUGUAUGAACUAUAACGUUCAGAUUCUCCAAGUCUUAUUAUUAUGUUUAUUAAUUUAUCCUUUUGAAAAAUAGUAGGGAUUUUAAGAUGUCUUACAAGCAGUAUGUCAAAGAAAAGUCAAAAUGUUCAAAUUCAUGUUAAGUAACACACACUUUGUAAUAUUUAUUAUAAAUAUUAUUGCCAUACACUGAUAUGUUUCCAGUAGAGUAAAACUUCUUGUAUUUCUUGUGAACAGUGCACUUUUUAUGAAGGGGCACUGAGUAGAAAUUAUGGUUGUCUAAUUUGCUACUCUGGAAUGCAGUAUCUGAAAACAAAUAACUCGUGUUUGUGUCAAACAAAAGAGCAAAACAAAACAUGAAUGCAUGCAGCAGUACAGAAAAACACUCAUUAAGUAAUAUUAUUUGAAUAUCACACAUGAAACAUCAGACAUAAAUUAGGCUGUAUAAAGGUUAUGGAGAAUACAGGCCAUCAGUAGCCACUACAACCUGUCAUGCCUUCUAGGUUUAAAUGUUACUGAAACAGUGGUAGGGACACUGUUAUAUUUGUUUUUCAUAUUCUGUAAAUUUCUUGUUUUCUAUUCAGCAGCAGCAUUUUUCUUUACUCCCUUUCAAGAUUAUUGUCAGGUGGUAUGAAUUAAGCUCAAACAAAGAAGAACACAUAUUUUUAUACCCUUCUUGAAAAGGUUCAUUGAACAUUGAAUAAGUCUGUAUCUGUCCUGGAACAAUCUGUGCCUCGAAAUCCUUCAAGCUGAAUACAUACAAACACACACUAAAACUAAUGUCAAUAAAUUGUUAUCAGAAAGGCAAAUAUUUGGUAGUCAGACAAUCAAAACAGAACCAAAAUAAUAGUUUUAAAUAUCAAAUAUGUGAAAGCAGACUUUUAGAAAUUUUAUUCAGUGCACAUGUUGCUCAAAUACCAUCUUAUAUCACAUGUGAAUAAGUAGCAUUUGUGUAAGUGCACCUAAGUUUAGAAAUGUUUAAUUUAUAGCCAGAUUCAUCUCUGGUAAAAAAAUCAAAACAAAAUAGGAAGUAAGUUUUUUUUAUUAAGAAAUUCCACACUAGGAAGUCCAGAAAAAGUGUGCUAGGUGUUGGCUAAAAACAAAAAGUCAGUUUAGAAAACUAUUGAAGGAUGAUAGUUUAGUUAAUAUUUCAUGAUAAAAACUUAGAAAAUUUCAACUUUGGUGUCUUUAAACUACUGACAA